CCUUUUUUAGCACUGCAGCUUAUGGAAAGCAGAACAAGGUUCCACAGGAGAACAUCCCAACUGCCACAGCGGAGAGGGUGAAGGCAGGCAUGCUUGGGGGUGUUGAAGCUGCGCUAGGAUUACCAAAAGGAUCACUUACGAAACCAUUUUAUACCCGUGUCCAGUUAUGGGGUGCAGCUCUUCCAACUAAUACACCUGGUACCCCCUGCAUCUUUGAUCCUCAUGGAAGGGCUGGUAUAUGUGGUGAUUGGUUACUUGGUUCAAGUUUAGAGUCAGCAGCCAUAAGUGGAAUGACCCUUGCCAAUCACAUUGCAGAUUAUUUCCAAUCGGGUGGAGCUCGUCCUGAAGAGUUUGCCAUUGGUUUAAAUAAUGAGUUUCAACCGCUUGAAGGACAUGAUAUUGGACAAUUUCCGGGACUGGAGUCUGAAAAUGAGAUAAAUGAGGCCCAGGCAUAUCAACUUGCCUCUUGA